AUGGAUUUAUUUAACAAGGAAGAAGCGAGCUUCGAGACUCUGCUAAAAAGAUUACGCGUUGUCUGUGAAUCCCAUAGCAGAUAUCAUGGUUCGAGUUUGGACCCAAUGGUUAAAGUUGGCAACGAGAUGAGUAAAAUUAGCGGUUACUUGAAAUGCAUUUUGAGAAAACAUGCAGCAGCCCGUGACGAUGCUUCUCUAACACAAUCCAGUGAGAAUCCUUACAAGAGUUUUCUCAAAGAUGCGCAAAUACUUGAUUUGUAUCACAAUCUUUUAUUUGGUUGUAUGCAUUUGCUUCUUGAUGCUAAUAUGUCAUAUUUUAGGAUGAAUUCCCAAAAGCUCUUUACGGUAUUACUAUUCAAGGUCUAUUAUAAGUUGAGGGAUAUUUACUACGUCACAAAUGAAGUGCGACUCGGUUCCUUAAUUAGCGCGUUUAUAUACAAAUUUAAGAGUUGCUAUAACUCUAUUAGUUGUAACUCGCUGAAAUAUGGAGGCGUUCGUGACAUUAUGUCACGUGAAUUUUCCCUGACAAAUCAUCGGCCAAUUGAUUCGAAGCAGAUUAUAAAAAGAGCAUAUUACAGACUGGAUGUAAAGAAGUUAGCGAUCAAUAAUAAGUUAGUUGAAAUCUUUGAAUUGGAUAAUGGGGGGAUAGCGAUAUUUGAGGUUCUUUCUGGCGAAAUGCCAUAUACGUUACAAACCAUUGGUAACCUGUUCCAAUCCCUUGCGUCGGGAAACCAUGACUUAAUGAACGUUGGGAGGUUGUUGCUAUUUCGACCAUUUAAGUCCGGCGAUCUUAAGGUGGUCAGACUUGAUGAUAAUGGAGCUAAACUAAAGACACCGAUAGACAAUGGCAUCGUGUUGAGGUUAACUUGCAAAGAUCCUAUUCAAUGGCAAGAACACUGGAGGCAUGCUAUUAGAAACCUUUUCGAUUCAGCAGCUACUAAUGAAUACAAAAAAUCAGAAGGUGAAAUUUCUCAACAUUUCCAUAUAAGACAUAACAGAUUCAACCAUACUUUUCCCAAAAAGAAUGAUGAUAUGCAUAUUGGCUCUAUUAGGCCAUCAGAUACAAUAUGCAAUGGCCGUACAUUGCAUAGGUCAAUACCUCUACCGGGAAGCUUGUCUUCCUUAAUAGAGACGUCUAGUGAAUCCCCUGAGGAAGAGUCGAUGUCGGUCAUGAGUGAAAGGGCAGCAGUCGAUAACGAUUCGGAUCUUGACACCUCGCUGAAAGAUAUUGAAUCUUUAAGUUACGAAAAGCUAAUUGAAUUAGAUAAGAGCAUUCAAGUACCUCUUUCGCCCAAACAAAUGGAUACGCCUACCUUAAAAAACGUUAGAACAGCUUCUCAAACUUUCAGCCUGGAGAGUGUCUCCCCCGAAUUAAUAGAAAGUGUUGCGUCUGAAAUUGAUGAUUCUGAUAGUAUAAUUUCUGAAGAUGGAAAGGAUAAAAGUGGCAAAGAUUUGUUCGAUCAAGACAUCGAUUUCUAUAAGCCAACGCUUUAUCGGCGCAAAUCUUCAUCUCUACUAAGUAUCUUCACAAAAAACAAAAAUAAUCUUACGAUUGAUAUUCCCAAAAAUCACUCAAGAUCUUUGUUUAGUUUGCCAGGAGAUCAACGAUUAGUUACUCCGGUAUCAGCAAGUCCCCAUGAUGAUGACGUUGAUGAAACGUAUGUAUCGUUUCCAUUGAGCGUAAACACAUCUGGUGGAGUAGUAUUUUUUGAGAAUGAUUCUGUUAAAGUUUCUCUUUGGAACGGCAAAUCAUGGGUGCCGUUGAGUAAAGACAUACUGUGUUUGUCUUUGAUUUUAUCCGGCGACAACGAGAUCUUACUGAUUAUAUAUAAAGACUUCGAAAGAGAGAAGUGUAAACUGGUAGUGAAUUUAGAGCCCACCUGGAAGUGUAACAGGUCUACGGCGCAAGACGUUCAACUUCGAAUUCCUUCCUCUGAUUUCAAAGCUAGUGUAUGUGGAACACUCCAUGAUCUCACUCUGUCUGUACGCUGUACGCAAGCUGCUAAGUUGGUAAAUGUGUUACAAUAUCAGUUACAAAAUAGCCAGAUAUCAUCCCUUUCACCCUCAACCACCACGGGAACUUUAUCAACCAUAUCUUCAUCUUCAUGCUACAGCCGUAAUGUAACCAGAUCAUCCACCGAAAAUUCAGAACUGGCUAAUAUGAAAGACUCAUCGGAAAGUAUAAAUUCUUCGCUUCUGUUAUCUUCUAUUAAAGUAAGGCAACAUGUUAAAACCAAAUCUAACAUUUGGAAGCCGUCUCGGGUCGGCUUUACUGACAUAUUUUCUCAGGAAUAUAAAGGAGCUAUAGUUGCAAUAAAGUUCGUCAUCUGUUCUGAUGCUGAAGGAACAUUGUAUCCGAGGGAGUACAACUCCCGUCUCCACGACAUAAAAAGGCUUGGGAGAACGGGGCUGUCAUUCACAGACCAGAAGGAGGCAUAUUUACUAGAAUUCAAAAAUCAGGACGUUGUAGAUCAUGUUUAUAAAUUAAUACUGCCUUUUAACGCAUCUUGGCAGUCUUGCUAA